AUGCUGUCGUGUUACUGGGCAUUGUGUCCUGGGGGGACGGAUGUGCCAAACCUGAUAAACCUGGUGUCUAUGCAAGAGUCAGCAAGUUUUACGAUUGGAUUGAAAAGACAACAAAGCUGCACAGUGACAAUGUGGAACAGUCUGGCAGUGCAUGCGAAAAACCGUGA